AUGGACGACAAGUACGACGACAUCCACCCGACCCCGAUAGCCUCGACCUCGCGCCCUCGCUCGACAAAGCCCCAACAGGGCAGCGACGACGACGUGCGCGACCCCGCCGCCUCGGACAACGACCACGACCCGGACGACGACGCGUCCGACGACGACGACGACCCCAUCGUCCGCCGCCUCCCCGUCUACUACACCCCGCACUUCCUCGAGUCGCUGUGCCUCCUCCAGUACCCGGACCGCCCUCCUCACCCCGACUCGGCCCACCCUCUCGUCCCGCCCGCACUGCGCCCCGACUGGUCCCGCGACCCGGACCCGACAGCUGGCCGCCUCGCCGCCAAGUACAAGCCCAACACGCAGCACCUCGAGCUCACGUUGCCCAUGGAGAAGCACCCGGACCGCUGGAACGAGGACGAAGCGCACAAGUACGCCGCCGGCGUCGUCGAGGACCGCGACCGCCAGCGCGAGCGCGAACUCGAGCAGCAGGGCAAGAAGGCAAAGGGCCGUCGCAGGCGCAAGGACGCCGGCGCCCACGAGGACGAGGACGAGCAGCGGUACCGCGAGGAGAAGGAGAGUCGCCGGCUCGACAAGAUGGUCUACGCGAGCACGGGCGUCCCCGAGGUCACGAGCUACCUCGUCGGCGUCGUCAAGAACGACGCGCUCCACCUGAACCCGGUCAACCAGACGUUCCAGCUGCGCCCGUCGCUCACCUACCUCGACAACCUGCUCGCGAUCGAGCGCCGCAACAAGCGCCUGGCGCAGCAGAACGACGACGACGACGAGUCGGACGUGAGCGACACGGAGCUCAAGAAGGAGGCGGCAAAGGCCGUCCAGGUCCAGGUCAAGCAGCAGCUCGCGCAGCAGGAGCGCAACGGUGGCGCGCCGGGCAGUGCGGGACAGACGGCGGCCAUGAUGGUCAGGGGAGGCAACGGGCGCGCCGGCGCGAGCCUGUUUGACCCGCUCCGGGCCGAGGAGGCCGAGGAGUGGAAGCCCGUCAAGCACUACCACGCCAACACGAAGGAGGCCGAGGGAGCGUUCAAGCGGUUGCUCGCCGACCCGAGCAAGAAGUUGACGAGCACGACCAAGCCCAAGGAGUACCUCGUCGGCUAGCGACGAGGGCGUUGCAGUACAACUCGCAGAGCACCUCGCC